AUGGGCCUAUUCCAACAACGAUUAAGUCGCGACCCGGAUGCGUUUCCUGCCUUUCAGCUAUUUAUUCUAGCCAUUGUCCGCCUGGCCGAGCCCAUUGCGCUCACGUCCAUCUUCCCCUACGCCUGGGCCCUUGUCAAGCACUUCCAGAUCGGCGACGAGAGCGAUGCCUCCUUCUACGCCGGCAUCCUCAUCUCUUCCUUCUCGCUCGCCGAGGCUGUCAUGGGCAUGUACUGGGGCGGCCUGUCCGACCGCAUCGGCCGCAAACCCGUGCUGCUGGUCGGCUGCAUCGGCACCAUGCUGAGCAUGAUCGUCGUCGGCAUGGCCCGCAACAUCUGGGUGGCGUUGCUGGGCCGUGUUAUGGGCGGUUUGCUGAACGGCAACAUUGGCGUCAUCCAGACCAUGGUCGGCGAGCUGGUCAAGAAGCCCGAACAUGAGCCCCGCGCAUACUCCAUUAUGCCCUUCGUCUGGAGCAUCGGCACCAUCAUCGGCCCUGCCCUUGGCGGCACGUUUGCCGACCCGCACGCGUCCUUCCCCGAGCUGUUCCCCCGUGGGAGCCUGUUUGACCGUUUCCCUUAUUUGUUGCCCAACCUGCUUUGCGCGCUCCUGCUACUCAUUAGCAUCUUGAUGGGCUACGUUCUCCUCGAAGAAACGCAUCCGGACCUGCAGCCGCCUGUGGUCGCAUCCAAAACCGCCCUCGACUUUGACGACAGCCAGCAACAGUGCAGCACGUACGUCUCGGACGAGACGCCGCUGCUGGAGACAUCGGACGCGUUGAAGCGACCCGCCGUCGACCUGCGUGCCGAGACGUAUGGAACGUUCAACCGCGACCGUGACCGCGAGGAGGGGACGUCCACCUCCGACCCCGCGACCGCAACCACCAGCACCCGCCAGCCCACGGCCAGUUUCGCUGCUGGCAACAAACCAAACACCACAAAUCGCGCUACCUCUGUCAACAUCUUCUCGCGUCGCAUCCUGGCUGUCGUGCUGGCGCUUGCCAUCUUUUCGUACCACAGCAUGGCCUACGACUCCACGCUGCCCAUCUUCUUUGAGGACGACCGUGUUGUUCCGUUUCCAAGUGGGGACAGCACCCGUGGCUCCUUUUCCUUCAACCCCCUGUACUCCCCGGGCGGACUCGGGCUUUCCCUGCGCGCCGUCGGCAUGAUCAUGGCCAUCAACGGCGUCAUUGCCCUUUUUGUCCAGGCCGUCGUCUUCCCGCUCGCUGCAUCCUGGUUCGGUGUCGGCCGCCUGUUUAUGCUGGUCACCAUCCUGCAUCCGCUCGCCUAUGUCGUCGUCCCCUGGCUACUGUACGUGCCGGCCGCGUGGCUGUACCCGGCCAUCUACGCCUGCAUGGCCCUGCGCAACCUCUUUGCCAUCCUGGUCUACCCGCUGCUGCUCAUCCUCGUCAAGGAGGCCACGCCUUCGCCCUCGGUGCUCGGCAAAGUCAACGGCAUGGCCGCCAGCGCCGGCGCCGCCUGCCGCAUGGUCGCCCCGCCCAUUGCGGGUUACCUGUACACGGUCGGCAGCCGCAUCGACUGCACCGCCCUGGCGUGGUACGGUGCUGCACUUGUCGCGCUGGUCGGUGCGCUGCAGUGCUUCUCGCUCGACCGCACGCCGCCGGCCGCCCUGCACACGUCGACUGCCCAGUCCUCCGAAGGCGAUGGCAGAGUUGUCUGA